ACGUUUGUGACAACCCUGAUGCCGAAACAAGCAGCCACGCUAGAGAAGAAAAUCUAGUGGAAAAUUCACAAAAAUUGUAUUUUAAUAAACGCAAUAGUCGAAAAAGAAGUUCGUAAGUGGUCUUGCGAAUUCCGCUGUGCGUCCCCACCCCAUUUUCAUUUAUUCAAACGAGCCAGACGCCGAGCAGGGGACUUUUCUCACGGAGCACCCCGCACAGCAGAACCGAGGAAAUUUUUAACAUGGCCGAGGACUUUGAUGUGGAGGCGAUGCUCGAGGCGCCGUACCAGAAAAAUAAUGUCAGUGCGGGCAGCGGUGGACGUGGUGGACGCAGGCGCAGCGACAGCACUCUCGGCGGCGGAGGCCACGACGACGACCACGCCGAGAACGGACCGCGGAACGGCAGCGGCGGCGGAAGCUCACACAAAAAGCAAAGCAAGCGGUCCCGGAGUAGAAGCGGCUCACGAGAUGGUAAAACCCGGCGUGAUCGGGGCAGUGAACGCAGCAGUCACCGGGAUAAAGACAAAGAGCGCGAUCGACACCGCGACGCAGGCGACCGGGAUCGGCACCGCAGAGAAGGUGGAGAUCGGGAUAGGGAGCGGGACCGUGAGCGCGAAAGGACUCGUCGCAGUCGGUCACGGGACGAGCGUGGCGGAGGAGGCGAUGAUCGUCGCAUGCGGUACGGCGAUCGUGAGAAGGAGCGACGCUCGAGAGAUGGUCGCGGCGGCAGCAAAUCCUUGCAGCAGCAGGAUCGCUCCCGAGAUAAACGUCGUCGCAGUCGCUCCCGCGAUCAGCAGCGCAAACGGCUGAGUCCAAUCCGUGAACGCAAGCGCAGCCAUUCCCGCUCAAAGGAUAGAAACAGCCGUCGUCGGGGCAGCCACUCUCCCCGCCGUCGAUCGCCGAUAAAUGGAGCAGGCGACCGAACCCCGCCCACCGAGCUCAGUCCCGAGGAGCGGGACGCCCGCACCGUCUUCUGCAUCCAGCUAUCGCAGCGCGUGCGUGCUAGGGACCUGGAGGAGUUCUUCUCCAGCGUAGGCAAGGUCCGCGACGUGCGUCUGAUCACGUGCAACAAGACAAAGCGCUUUAAGGGCAUCGCUUACAUUGAGUUCGAGGACCCAGAGUCCGUGGCCCUGGCCCUGGGACUCUCCGGCCAGCGGCUGCUCGGCAUACCCAUCAUGGUGCAGCACACACAGGCGGAGAAGAAUCGCCUCCAGAAUGCGGCGCCCGCAUUCCAGCCGAAGAGUCACACGGGUCCCAUGCGCCUCUACGUGGGAUCACUGCACUUCAACAUCACCGAGGAUAUGCUGAGGGGAAUAUUCGAGCCGUUUGGUAAAAUCGAUGCCAUUCAACUGAUAAUGGACACGGAGACAGGUCGAUCCAAGGGAUACGGAUUUAUAACGUACCACAAUGCUGACGAUGCCAAAAAGGCUUUGGAACAACUGAACGGUUUCGAGCUAGCCGGCCGCCUCAUGAAGGUUGGCAACGUGACGGAGCGCCUGGACAUGAACACCACCUCGCUGGACACAGACGAGAUGGAUCGCACGGGCAUCGAUCUGGGAGCCACGGGGCGCCUGCAGCUGAUGUUCAAGCUGGCGGAAGGAGCUGGUCUAGCGGUGCCUCAGGCGGCGGCCAAUGCUCUGCUGGCCACAGCUCCUCAACCGGCGCCGGUGCAGCAACAGGAGGCGGCUCCGUCGAUAGCCACACAGUGCUUCAUACUGUCUAAUAUGUUUGAUCCGCGCACCGAGACGAAUCCCACCUGGGACGUAGAGAUCAGGGACGAUGUGCUGGAGGAGUGCGCCAAGCACGGCGGGGUGCUGCACAUCCACGUCGACACCGCCUCGCCCACGGGCACCGUCUACGUCAAGUGCCCUGGAACAACGACGGCGGUGCUGGCGGUGAACGCACUGCACGGACGCUGGUUCGCCGGACGUGUUAUUACGGCCGCCUAUGUGCCUGUAAUUAACUACCACUCAAUGUUUCCGGACUCAAUGAACGCCGUCAAUUUGGUGGCUUCCACGCGCAAGAACACCGACGAUUGAGCGCGAUUUGUGGCAAAAAGAUUGUUAUUAUUCGUUACAAGAAAUAAUUUUUGGUCAAAACAUUUUCAAUUUUUUUAAAGAUUUUCGACGCAAGCUGAAAACUAGGGGCACACAUAUUAAAAUACAAUUAAAUACAUUUAUAAAUAUAUGAAUUCAAAAAUUA